CGCCCAGCGGUACCACCGAGCCGGCUAGGUUCCCGGGCCGGCUGCGUGAGUAGGGACGGAAUUCCAGCAGUCAGACAUGACAGCAACUGCUUUUACCCGCUCAGCCAUCUUGUAGCUCCCAAGGUGUGUUGCCAGGCUAACGCUGUCUCAGUUUCUCUUGACUGGUGGCUGAUCUGCAAGAGGCAUGAGCUGGGUCCAGGCCAGACUGCUGGCCAAAGGCCUCUCUAGGGGCUGGGGAGGUAUCUGCAGGACUGGCCUCUCAGAAGCUCCUGUUGCUCAGGUGUCCCUCCGGGCCCCACGAGGCCUCCACUGCAGUGCAGUUACACACAAGGAUGACACGUGGUUGAUUCCUCAACCUUCUGAGCCCCAGAAGCCCAACAAGGUCCCAGUUGUCCACGAAGAACUGUUCGGGUCAUCGGCAAAUGGAGAACGAGACAAGAAAAGCUUCACUCAUGCCGUGCGCAGCUUUGGGGAGCACAAUGUGCGCAAGCGUGGCCAUGUGGACUUCAUCUACCUAGCGCUGCGCAAGAUGCCAGAGUUCGGUGUGGAGCGGGACCUGUCAGUGUACAACCUGCUGCUGGAUGUCUUCCCCAAGGAGGUCUUCCGGCCCCGCAAUUUUAUCCAACGCAUCUUCGUCCACUAUCCACGGCAGCAGGAGUGUGGGCUUGCUGUCCUGGAUCAGAUGGAACGGCACGGAGUCAUGCCCGACAGAGAGACAGAGUUCCUGCUGAUUCAGAUAUUUGGACGCCACAGUUACCCCAUGCUCAAGUUCCUACGGAUGAAACUGUGGCUCACCCGCUUCAAGAAUAUCAACCCCUACCCUGUGCCCCGAGAUCUGCCCCAGGACCCUUUGGACCUGGCUAAGCUAAGCCUGCGACACAUGGAGCCUGACCUCAGUGCCAAGGUCACUGUCUACCAGAUGUCUUUGCCCAGUGACUCUACAGGCAUAGAUCCCAUCCAGCCCCACAUUGUAGGAAUCCAGAGUCCUGAUCAGCAAGCUGCCCUGGCCCGCCACAACCCAUCCAAGCCUGUUUUUGUCGAGGGCCCCUUCCCUCUCUGGCUGCGCAAUAAAUGUGUCUAUUAUCACAUCUUGAGAGCUGAUCUGCCAUCCCCUGAGGAAGAGAAAGUAGAGGAGAUCCCAGAAGAAUGGAAUCUCUACUACCCAAUGCAGCUGGACCUGGAAUAUUCUAGGAGCGGUUGGGACAACUAUGAGUUUGACGUGGACAAAGUGACAGAAGGCCCCGUCUUCGCCAUGUGCAUGGCUGGUGCCCAUGACCAGGCAACACUGGUCAAAUGGAUCCAGGGCUUGCAGGAGACCAACCCAACCCUGGCACAGGUCCCUGUGAUAUUUCGCCUGGCCAGGUCCACGGGGGAGCUGCUGACAAUCUCGAGGCAGGAGGAACAGUCCCCUCCCCACAGCCCUCCCAAGGGCCAGGAGGAAGAUGAGGCCUUUCAGGCACAGCAGCAGCAGGGCCAGAGUUGAGUCUGAGCUGUAAUGAGGCAAAGAGAAACCGGACUGCUACAAAAUAAUAUGGACAAAAUAAAAAUUUCUUCCCUGGC